UUGUGGUUCCAGGGUCGCUCGGAGUGACGUCAAUAGAGCGCGCGGUGCCGGGCGCAGUGUGUGAGAGCUGCAGCCAUGUCCUACUGCAGGCAGGAGGGAAAGGACAAAAUUAUCUUUGUAACCAAAGAAGAUCACGCGACGCCGAGCAGCGCAGAGCUCAUCCCCGAUGACCCCAACGAUCCAUAUGAAGACCAAGGUUUGAUUCUUCCCAAUGGAGACAUUAACUGGAAUUGUCCGUGCCUGGGCGGUAUGGCCAGCGGGCCGUGCGGGGAGCAAUUCAAAGCGGCCUUCUCUUGCUUCCACUACAGCCAGGAGGAGGUCAAGGGCUCAGACUGCCUGGAGCAGUUCCGGGCGAUGCAGGAGUGCAUGCAGAAAUACCCCGACCUCUACCCCCAGGAGGACGAUGACGAGGAGGACAACAAAGACAAGCAGAGUCCAGAGCCAGCGCCUACGGAGACUUCCCCUGUGGCGGCGGUGGAGUCAUCCAGCUAAUGCAAGAGAAGAAGGGGGGAGAGAGAGGGGCACAGCCUCCAAGAGUUUACCUCCUUCCGUUCUAUGGACCAUGUCAUCCAGAGCUGCCCUUCUGUCUGAUGCAGGGCCCUGCAGGAGCAUGAUAGCUGGAGAUCACUGCUAACCCUGUUAGAGCAUUUCCCCUUUAAGAAAAGGUAAAAAAAAA